UCCCUCCAUUCGCCCGAUCUCAUCCCCCCCACCCUUCUUCCUCCUCUCCGCUUCUCCCCAGCGUCGCCGCCAAUGGCUCUUUCUCCCUUUGUCGCGGCGGUGGGGAUCCUGUUCGUCGCGACCUUCUCCUUCGGGUGGGCAUUGCCGGCCACUUCGGAGCUGCCCCGCUUCCGCGAGGCCCCGGCGUUCCGUAACGGGCCCAGCUGCGUCUCCGCCCCCACCAUUCACAUCGCCGUGACCCUCGAUGCCGCCUACCUCCGCGGCUCCCUUGCUGGCGUGCUCUCCAUCCUCCGCCACUCCUCCUGUCCGGAAUCUAUAACAUUCCACUUCCUCGCCACCCGACCCCGCCGCUUCCGCCCCGCCGUGGCCGCCUCCUUCCCCUCCCUCACCUUCGACGUCUACCGCUUCGACCCCGCCCUCGUCCGCGGCCUUAUCUCCUCCUCUGUCCGCCGUGCCCUCGACCAGCCCCUCAACUACGCCCGCAUCUACCUCGCCGACAUCCUCCCCCGCUCCGUCCGCCGGGUCAUCUACUUCGACUCUGACCUGGUCGUCGUCGACGAUGUCGCCCGCCUCUGGGCCACCGACCUCGCCCCGGACCACGUCCUCGCCGCCCCUGAGUACUGCCACGCCAACUUCACCUCCUACUUCACUGACCGGUUCUGGUCCGACCCGGUCUUCCCCCGCUCCCUCUCCGGCCGUCGCCGCCCCCCCUGCUACUUCAACACCGGCGUCAUGGUCAUGGACCUCGACCGGUGGCGAGCCGGGGGUUACACCCGAAAGCUCGAGGGCUGGAUGGAGGUGCAGAAGCGGGAGGCAAGGAUCUACGAGCUGGGCUCGCUGCCGCCGUUUCUGCUGGUCUUCGCCGGCGAGGUCAAGGGGGUGGAGCAUCGGUGGAACCAGCACGGCCUAGGCGGGGACAACGUGGAGGGCCUGUGCCGGGACCUUCACCCGGGCCCCGUGAGCCUGCUCCACUGGAGCGGCAAGGGGAAGCCGUGGCUCCGCCUCGACGCCGGCCGCCCGUGCCCUCUCGACGCACUCUGGGCGCCCUACGACCUUCUCCGCCGUGACGGCCACGACGACCUCUUCACCGACAUCUAAGUCCGCCCUCACCCUCCGGCGGCGGCGAUGGCUAACCAUUUCGAUCGCAUCGACCCGCGGCUGUCGCGGUCAUUGAUCGAGUCCCGUAAACUCCUCGUGUGGUGCUGCACCCACGCGGGACCCACCGGCUGGAAUCGGUCAGCCUAUGGGCGCCGGUGGUAGAGCUGAUGACGUGGGGACCGAACAGCUGGCAGUGGGCCCCGCGACGCGUGAAAAGGACAGUGUCACAUCCCUUGGGUUCUGCUUCGAACAAAAACAUUUUUUAUUAUUAUUAGAAAGGAAAAGGUUCGGCGGUGGUGACAGUUUUGACCGCUCUUCGACACAUCGCACUUUGGUGGUGAUCGGCAACAGCCGUGAGGAUUGAAUGGCGUUCUGAGAGGAUGCGCGGGCGCUCGUGAGAUUGUUGUUCUUGUGUGCGCGAGUGAGAGAGAGGGAGGGAGAGAUGGUUAUUGGAGUCAAAUCUCUCCCAUUUUAGUGAUCGAGUAAACAUUCUUCUGCUGACUGCUUGUAGACGUGAAUCCAAAUUAGCUUCCCACGGUUGGUGGGAUUCUUCCUUGCUUCCAUGACAAGGAUGGAGUGAGAGACAUUGUUUACCCUCUUUUCUUACAUGAAUCACGGCACCCAAAUUUGGCGGAGCAUUUUACGGCA